AUGGCUCACAGCCAGGAUAACGCCAUGUUCCCCUCUUCUCCUCACUCCUCUGUUGCCGGCGCCGAUUCGUUCAAGGGAACGCCGGACACAAGAUUGACUGCCUUCUCCCCGGAGGAAAACUCGACGAGAUCCUCACGUCUUCUCAAAUCUCUGGUGCAGGCCUCGCCAGAAAUCACCCCCUCGAGGUUCCCCUCCAAUGCCUUUGGCAAUAUUAUGUCCAGUGCCGACAAGGACCCUUUCAUCACUGCAAACUCAAGCACUAGCCAUCAAAAACUGUCGCCGACUGCCUCUACUUUCCAGCCCUUCUCUUCACCGCUCGAGAGAAACCCCGACUUCACCAAUCUAGACCGCGACCGGCAGUCAGUUUCAGGUGUCUUUUCAGCUGGAAAUAGAGAUGUUGGUGAGCUGUCAGAGUGCCUCAUCAUCGGCUCGCAAAACCGAAAUAUCGGCAUCACUGAUCUGAAUGCCUGUCUCAUGAAGCUCCAGCGACUAGGUCUCUCGGUUCAGGAGCCGAGACAGAUUUGGCACAGAGGAGGACGGAUCUCUGUCCUAUUCAGCGAUAUCCGCGAUGCCGUUCUGGUUCACGAUAACGUCUAUCGAGUCGAGGCUGACUUUGAAGUCAGCUAUCUUUCAGAUGGUGACCUUUCAGAGGUGUGUCUAGUCGGGUCCCUAAACGAAGCUUUACCUCUGAUAUCCAAUGAGCUUGCCAUCAGAAGCCGAGUCAGGUCAGGGGCUUGGAUCGCCGCUGUUGCCCUGGCGGUUCCCCCCUGUUCGCUCGAUUUGAUCCGCACCGAAGCAACUCUCAAGCGCAUUCUACAUACGCGAGGCCAGCUCUCCGCAUACCAUACCCAGCAGAAUCAUGACCCUUCAGUCUAUAGAGCCAUCAUCCACUUCACUGACCAGACCGACGCUGCCACAGCAGUGAUUGUUUUGAAUAACACAAUUGUCGAGGGAAUCCAUAUCACCCUAUCGCUUAUGGAUGGAGGCGAAGUUCCUCAGGUGGUUCAAGAUCCCCAGGACGGUCCUAAAGAUGGUCACAGCCCUUCCAUGCCUGGCCACGAUCUGACAAACGCCUUUCAUGCCCUAUCCCUAUCCAAGCAAGCUAGCCAGGUGCCCCUCAUGCCUCAAGGAGCGCCCGUGCCUGUGCCCGGCUCACCGUACCCCCCCCUCGGUAUCCAGGUUUCACCAUUGGCGAUGUGGCCCAUUCUAUGCCAGCCACAACUUCAGCCGAGCACAGCAUACGUCCUGAAUGGUGGUCAUCGCCUCUCGGCGCCCCAGGCUGUACCGAAAUCGGCGGGGUAUCAGCUUACGAACCAUAUUUUCUCGCAGUCUUCCCAGGGCAUGUCGAUGAUGGGAUCAAUGUCAUCCGGCGCAAGGGCUGAGCCUCGGAGGCAGAAUGCAGCUCGAGUCAACAGAUCACCCUACUACAAUGUCGCUAGUCACCACAACCAUGUUGAUGUCCACCGCAUCCGUGAAGGAACAGAUGUGCGCACCACAAUAAUGCUUCGCAACAUCCCGAACAAAGUAGACCAAGCAAUGCUCAAGCGGAUUGUUGACGAAUCUAGUUGGGGCAAGUAUGACUUCAUGUAUCUCCGAAUUGAUUUCGCGAAUGAUUGCAAUGUCGGAUACGCUUUCAUCAAUUUUGUGGACCCGUUGGACAUCAUCGAUUUUGUCAAUACCAGAGGCAACCAGAGAUGGAACUGUUUCAAAAGCGACAAGGUUGCCGAGAUUUCCUAUGCCACCAUCCAGGGCAAGGAUUGUCUUGUUCAAAAGUUCAGAAACAGCUCUGUGAUGCUCGAAGCAGCACACUAUCGUCCCAAGCUGUUCUAUACCUCCAAUGGACCGGUUCCAGAGCUCGCGGGAGAGGAGGAAUCUUUUCCAGAGCCAGACAACCAGUCCAAGAUGAAGCGAAGCUGCGAAAACGCAGAACACGUCGGUCUUUUCACGCCCAACGCUGGGCAGCAUUUCCGUGACGAGCAACGUCGUAGACGCUCGCAGUACGACCGAGGUACAAGACUAGCGGCCCUCGAAGAACAUGACUUCGAAGCGUCUAUGCAGCCACACAUGUAUCAUGCGUAG